ACAAAAUACCCUCAGGAGGGAGAGUGCACUAACAUUUGGGAGAAUCGCAAAGGCCCUUGGUAAGCUCUGCCUUGAAUCUAGGGUGCUGAGGAAAUAGGCCAUGACAUACUUCAGGGCUUUAACUGGAAGAUUUCUCAGAGAAGUGGGGAACAGCUCACAGCCCAGUUUGGAGUAAUAGGAAAUGAUUGGAGGAUAGACGAGAGUCGUAUGGAGAGCUUUUAAAAAGCCAAAAUGAGCCUUACGUAGACCUGGAAGCAAUAGGAGAAUCGACUCAGGCCAAUUUAUGUUUUAGCAAUGUAACUGGCGGCUCCCCGGAGGCUGGGCUGGGCAACAGGAAAGUUCUUAGAAGAGGAGACAAAUAAGAAGGGAGUCUGGGCUGCCUAGAUGGGAUUUGAGGCGAUGGUGAAAGUGCUGGAAGAGCCUGGGGUUAGUCAGGGGCGCGGGGUUGGUUGGGAUAAGCCGGAGAGCCAUCUCUCCAGUUAAAGCAAAGGAGGAGAGCCCCGCGGAUAAUGAAUUUGAGGUGCGAUCAAAGGAGGCCUUCCGCAGCAGUAAGGCUGUACUUUAUUUAGCAAAGGUAAGGCGGGCACUUUCGAGGCGGGGAGAAGAAUUGGGGUAGGGAGGGAACGGAGGGAAAAACGCCACCGGAAGCACGUUCCCGUUAGGAAAGAGUUUUCCGGUUGCUAAAGGAGUCUCCAGGGCAACCUUUUUUUCUGCCAAUCUCAACCUUGUCCUUCGCGUGAAGCCUCUUGGGAGAUGUAGUCCCUGUUACAAAGGCCACAAUGCUCCGCGGUGGAUGCGGCGGACCUUCGGUCAGGCGGAGCUGUGCACUGCCCGGCUCUCUUAGGGGAUUCCAGUUCCCGCAACCCUCGGAAGGUUCAGUCUUCAUGGAGCUAGGACGGUGGCGGUGUUUCGGGAUGUGGUUCCUGUUCCUAACGCUGAUAGCCUUUGCCUGCCUUGAGAGCGGGACCCCUGUCAGCGGGGGCUGGGAGCUGAGUGGGCACCUGGCCCUAGAAGAGGAGGAGCAGUGUACAGUGGAUCGAAGAGCAAACCUGACUUAUGCAGAAUUCAUCCAUCAAUACGCCUUCUCUAGACCUGUCAUUCUACAAAGACUCACUAACAAUUCGCUGUUCCAGGACUUGUGCUCCAAAGAGAAGCUUCUGGCAGAAUUUGGGGACUUCAGGAUACGAUUGAGUACAGCUAACACAUAUUCUUAUCAGAAAGUGGACCUCUCUUUCCAAGAAUAUGUGGAACAAUUGCUGGAGCCUCAAGACCCAAAAUCCCUAGGGAAUGAUACACUUUACUUCUUUGGGGACAAUAACUUCACUGAGUGGGGUGGAUUGUUCCAACACUACUCCCCACCUCCUUUUCGUCUUUUGGGCACUAAGGCGGCUUACAGCUUUGGAAUCGCAGGUGUUGGCUCUGGAGUACCUUUCCAUUGGCAUGGGCCAGGUUAUUCGGAGGUGAUCUUUGGAAGAAAGCGUUGGUUCCUGUAUCCUCCAGAGAAGAGGCCUGAUUUUCACCCCAACAAAACCACCUUGAGCUGGUUACGGGACACAUACCCAGCGCUCCCAAUCACUGAACGGCCCCUACAGUGUACUGUCCAGGCUGGUGAGGUCAGAGGGGUUCACUUUAUUGGGUGAGUGGGAAGAAAAAAAGGCCUAUGCUAAGUUUCAUCCCAUCUCCAGGUGCUGUAUUUCCCUGACCGUUGGUGGCACGCCACCCUGAAUCUGGACACGAGUGUCUUCAUCUCUACGUUUCUGGGCUAGAAGUGACAGCAUCCUCCAGGUUGAGGCUGAUCUGUUGCCACCUCUGACUCUGAGUGCUGUUAAUUUAUUGCCACAAUUUCCCUAUAAUGAAGUAAUGGUGCUGGCUCUGC